CGGGCCGCCUGCCUGCUGGCCGCGGCGUACGCGCUCAAGACCCUCGGUCCCCUGGUCGGCCAGCGCCUGAAGCAGAAGCCGGCCGGCCGCGGGGAGCGAGCUGCUGGAGAGGGCCGGGGAAGACCGCAUUGCGCCCAGACCCGGUGCGGGAAACCGGCUCCCGGGUUGAACGCGGAUUUCUGCAGGCAGCUGCUGCAACUUCGGAAGAUUCUCUUUCCCAAACUUGUGAGCACGGAAACCGGCUGGCUGUGCCUCCACUCGGUGGCUCUCAUCUCGAGAACCUUCCUGUCCAUCUAUGUGGCCCGGCUGGAUGGGAAGAUCGUGAAGAGCAUCGUGGAAAAGCAGUCCCGGACUUUCAUCUUCCAAUUGAUCAAGUGGCUCCUGAUUGCCAUUCCUGCCACCUUCGUCAACAGUGCCAUACGGUACCUGGAGUGCAAGCUGGCGCUGGCUUUCCGAACGCGCCUCGUCCAUCACGCCUAUCAAACCUACUUUACAAAUCAGACCUAUUACAAGGUGAUCAAUAUGGAUGGGAGGCUUACCAAUCCCGACCAGUCUCUGACUGAAGAUAUCAUGAUGUUCUCCCAGUCCGUGGCCCACUUGUAUUCCAAUCUGACCAAACCGAUUUUAGACGUCAUCCUCACCUCCUAUACGCUCAUCCAGACGGCCGUGUCCAGGGGAGCAAGCCCCUUGGAGCCCACCCUCCUGGCGGGACUUGUGGUGUAUGCCACUGCGAAGGUGCUGAAAGCCUGCUCCCCCAAAUUUGGGAAGUUGGUGGCAGAAGAGGCGCACAGGAAAGGCUAUUUGCGUUAUGUGCACUCUAGAAUCAUAGCCAACGUGGAAGAGAUUGCUUUUUACAGAGGACAUAAGGUAGAAAUGAAGCAACUCCAGCAAAGUUACAAAGCUUUAGCAGAUCAGAUGAACCUGAUUUUAUCCAAACGCUUGUGGUACAUCAUGAUAGAGCAGUUCUUGAUGAAGUAUGUUUGGAGCAGCUGUGGACUAAUUAUGGUGGCCCUACCUAUUAUCACUGCAACUGGCUUUGCAGAUGGUGAUCUAGAGGGUGGCCAGAAGCAAGCCAUGGUGAGUGACCGAACGGAAGCCUUCACCACUGCACGGAACUUGCUUGCCUCAGGAGCUGAUGCAAUUGAGAGGAUUAUGUCUUCCUACAAAGAGGUCACUGAAUUAGCAGGUUAUACUGCUCGAGUAUAUAAUAUGUUUUGGGUGUUUGAUGAAGUAAAGAGAGGCAUUUAUAAAAGAGCUGCUGUCACUCAAGAGCCUGAAACUCAGAGCAAGAAUGGAACUAACCUAGAAUUACCCCUCAGUGACACACGGGAAAUUAAAGGAAAAGUUAUUGAUGUGGAUCAUGGAAUUAUUUGUGAAAAUGUUCCCAUAAUUACGCCAGCGGGAGAAGUGGUGGCUUCCAGUCUAAACUUCAAAGUACAAGAAGGAAUGCAUCUUUUGAUAACUGGUCCCAAUGGCUGUGGGAAAAGUUCCCUCUUCCGAAUUUUAAGUGGGCUCUGGCCUGUGUAUGAAGGGACGCUCUACAAACCACCUCCUCAGCACAUGUUCUAUAUCCCACAAAGGCCAUAUAUGUCCCUCGGAAGUCUCCGGGAUCAAGUCAUCUAUCCUGACUCUGUGGAUGACAUGCAUGGUAAAGGCUACACAGACCAGGACCUGGAGUGUAUCCUGCAGAACGUCCAUCUCUACCACAUCGUACAGAGAGAAGGAGGAUGGGAUGCUGUUAUGGACUGGAAAGAUGUCUUGUCAGGUGGGGAGAAGCAAAGAAUGGGAAUGGCGCGGAUGUUUUACCAUAAACCAAAAUAUGCAUUGCUGGAUGAAUGCACGAGCGCGGUCAGCAUUGACGUUGAAGGGAAAAUAUUCCAGGCUGCGAUAGGGGCUGGGAUAUCCUUACUCUCCAUAACACACAGGCCUUCUCUUUGGAAAUACCACACUCAUUUAUUACAAUUUGAUGGUGAAGGAGGCUGGCGCUUCGAACAACUGGAUACCGCUAUCCGUUUAACACUGAGUGAAGAAAAACAAAAACUAGAAUCUCAGCUAGCUGGAAUUCCCAAAAUGCAAGAAAGACUUGAUGAACUUUGUAAAAUUUUGGGAGAAGACUCAGUGCUAAAAACAAUGAAAAAUGAAGAUGAGACCUCCUAAUUUGCUUUGACAUGUUGAAAAGUUAAUUUUUAAGUAAAGACGGAGGGAUACUCUGUUAUAUAUAGUGCAUGUGGUGCGUUCAGCUAAGCACAGAGAAAACAAAGUCAGCAAGAAAUGUUUUAUAUGAUGAUAGCACCAAGAAAGUAUAUGGUAACUUUUCAGAAGAAAAUAAAAAAUGCAUUAUAUAAGAUUUAGGCAUUAUGGCUCAUACUAAUUCCUAGUGAAAGCCUAAUUCACCUACAAAACAGGAAUUUUGAGGUGAUUUCCUGGUGAAUAGCAGGUUACUGUACAUGUAAUAUGAUGAAGUCAACAAGGGUGAUAUCUCAUAAAUGAAACAAUUUACAGCAGAGUUGGCUUGAUAUCAGGUGCAUAAAUGCAUACCAUUUCAAUCCUUCUGAGAUUGAUGCUGUGAUUGGUGCAAUAGGUAGAAUUCAUGUUCAUCAUUGCUAAUGUAUAUACAAAAUAGCUCUUUCAUACAUAACUACAAUAUGAAAGUGUAUUUUAAUGACAGUGGUUGAAAGAAAAAAAGGCAUGGCUAACUAAAUAAAAAAUGCCGCAUUUAAGAUUUCUAAACUUUCAGCAUCUCAAUGUGAGCUUAAUUUUUUAAUGGGAAUAUUGCUUAUUUAUUAGCAAAUCUGUUCAUUUUUAAGAGAAUUGCCAAUUCCAAAAAGAAGUACCAAACAAUGUUUGUUUUAGCUUAUUACUUUAUUCAGCAGAAUUACCUACUGCAAUAUUUGUCAGGAAAUACUGUUUGAUCUGGGGGCCAGAGACUCACACCUGAAACUUCUUAGCUACUCAGGAAGUUGCAGUCUGAGGUUCAUGGUUCAAAGCCCACUG